UAUAGCUGGGCCGAGCCCAAAGAAUAGAGGUAAUCGACCCACAUUGAGGGAGGCCCAAGACUGAUUUUGAGCCAAAUUUCAACAAUAUGAAAUGAGAAACACGUUCACACGCAAUUCCGAAUGGUCAAAAUUUAUAAUAUGAUAUUCUCUUGGACUUGGUCCUGGCGGCCACAAUUCGGAGAGUCUAUAUGUCACUGUCGCUUUCAGCAAAGUGAUAAUAGAUUUCCAUCCUCAAAGGUAGGAAGCCAUAGAUGGAGCAACAGAAACAUUUUCACAUAGUAUCCGAAUUCAGAAGCUAGAAUUUCAUGGGUUUAAUGUCAAUAGUUCAACUCCUUUGGUUUGUAUGGAUUGAAUUUGCAUUUGCGUUUGCCAUUGAUACCUUAAGCCUCAACCAGUCCAUCCAUGGCUCCCAGCUUUUGAUUUCCGAUGGGGGAACUUUCAAAUUCGGGUUUUUCAAUCCACCGAACACCAGUCGCUACUACGUGGGUGUGAUGUACAAUCUCCCUGUUUUAACUGCUGUAUGGGUAGCUAAUCGAGAAAGGCCACUGAAUGGUUCUGCUGGAACAGUGGAGGUGUCGGAAAAUGGAGAACUUGUGGUGUUGGAUGGGCAGAAGCAGAUAGUCUGGUCGUCGAAUUUCGCAGGCCCUGUCGGAAUUUACAGAGCUAAGCUCUUGGAAACAGGCAAUUUGGUGCUGCUAGAUUUCUCCAGAGGCGGCACCACUGUUUGGGAAAGUUUUGAACAUGCUACAGAUACGUUGUUGCCGAGGAUGAAACUGACGUCUGAUUUGUGGAGAAAUGAGUGGAACAUGCUGACGUCAUGGACAAGUCCUUCUGAUCCAUCUCAUGGAAGUUACACAGCUUCCAUUGAUCCCCUAGACAUCCCACAGGUUGUAAUUCGAAGAGGUGGUGCUACAUACUGGCGUAGUGGUCCGUGGAAUGGCCGAACUUUCAUCGGUAUACGUCGCAUGAUUAGCUAUGUAUAUCAGAAUGGAUUCAAUCUUGUUAACGAUGAUCCUGGAGCUGCACAUAUGACCUUCUCCUUUAACAAGGAAAAGAUCUCGUUAUUUUCCUUAAGCAGCUCAGGAAUUUUUCAGGGGAAGGCGUGGUCUGCUGUCAAAGGUGAUUGGGAAGUAUACUGGUCAUCCAUAGAAACUUUGUGUGAUGAUGCUUAUGGGAAGUGUGGUUCUUUUGGGAUCUGCAAUCCGAAAUCUUCUCCAAUAUGCAGUUGCUUGCCAGGUUAUGUGCCGAGGAGCAUUAAUGAGUGGAAUUCCGCGAAUUGGACGAGGGGCUGCACGCGAAGAACCCUUCUAAAGUGCACGAAGAACAGCUCGGUUAGUGAAGCUGGAAAGAAAGAUGGAUUUUUAAGACUGAAAGCGGUCAAAUUGCCCAAUAAUGUUCGUUCUGUUCCUCUUACAGAAGUAUUCUGUGGUAGUGAGUGUUUGAAUAAUUGUUCUUGUAUAGCUUAUGCCUACAAUGACGGCAUUGGGUGUAUGUGGUGGCGUGGAAGCCUGAUUGAUGUGCAGCAGUUCUCCACAGGCGGCGUAGACUUAUACAUUCGCUUGGGGCAUUCCGAGCUUGGUAAGAAGAAAGACUCAACCGCUGUUGUUGUAACCAUGACAGUCUUGGGGUUUAUAGUCAUCGCUAUUGUGUGCGCAUUCUUGCUGUUGAACAAGUACAAAGGGAGUAGAGAAAAGUGCCGGCUGCGGCAAACAAUACUCAAAGAUAAUGUGAAAGGAGUUCAAUUUGAAGAAUUUCCGUUGUUCGAGUUUCAGAUUAUCUUAAAUGCAACAAGCAACUUUGAUCCCAUCUACAAGCUCGGACAGGGUGGCUUUGGUCCAGUUUACAAAGGAAUACUAUCAAAUGGCAAAGAAAUUGCUGUGAAAAGGCUUGCAAGAACUUCUAAUCAAGGGGUGGAGGAGUUCAAAAACGAAGUCGAGGUGAUAUCUAAGCUCCAGCAUCGCAAUCUGGUUAACCUGCUCGGAUGCUGCAUUGAGCGUGAAGAGAAAAUGUUGGUUUACGAAUACAUGCCCAAAGGAAGCUUGGAUGUACAUCUUUUUGAUUUGCACAAACAAGAGCUUCUAGAUUGGAACAAACGUGUGCUGAUUAUCGAGGGGAUUUCUCGAGGACUGCUGUACCUUCACCGAGACUCAAGACUAAGAAUCAUCCACAGAGAUCUAAAGGCAAGCAAUAUUUUGCUAGACGAAGAGUUGAACCCCAAAAUAUCAGAUUUCGGCAUGGCCAGGAUUUUCUCAGUAAAAGAAAAUCAAGCUAAUACAAACAGAGUUGUUGGGACAUAUGGCUAUAUGGCACCCGAAUAUGCGCUAGAGGGAAUAAUCUCGGAGAAAUCUGAUGUCUUCAGCUUCGGCGUGCUGUUGCUUGAAAUUGUCAGUGGAAGGAGGAACACGAGCUUCUACAACAACAAGCAAGGCAAAAGUCUCAUUGCAUACGAAGCUACGCCAUGCAUCGAAAACUUUCUCGCGUGGAAGAUGUGGAUUGAAGGAAAAAUGAUGCAACUCAUUGAUCCGGCGAUAUAUGAGCCCAAUAUGGAGUCGGAUAUGGUGAGAUGUGCGCAUGUCGGGUUGUUGUGCGUUCAAGAAACCGCGCAAAACAGGCCAAGCAUUUCUAUAGUGGUUUCGAUGCUUAACCGUGAAAUUUCUGAGCUUCCCAAUCCUAUGAAACCAGCUUUUAUUGAGCAUCAUGGCAGUUUUUCAAGAACUCCUGGUGGUAGGAAGCCACUGAUUGAUCAACAAGAAAUAUUCGCAUUAGAAUCAGAACUCGGAAGCAAGAAUGCGUUUCAGUCCAUCAAUGGCUCCCAACUUCUGAUUUCUGAUGGGCUAACUUAUAAAUUUGGUUUUUUCAAUCCAUCGAACACCAGUCGUUAUUACGUGGGUGUGAUGUACAAUUUCCCUGUUUCAACUGCUGUAUGGGUAGCUAAUAGAGACAGGCCCCUGAAUGAUUCUGCUGGAACAGUGGAGGUGUCGGAAAAUGGAAAGCUUGUGGUGUUGGAUGGGCAGAAGCAGAUAGUCUGGUCGUCGAAUUCGACAGGUCCUGUCGGAAAUUACAGUGCUACGCUCUUGGAAACAGGCAAUUUGGUGCUGCGAGAUUUCUCCGGAGGCGGCACCACUGUUUGGGAAAGUUUUCAACAUGCUACCGAUACGUUCUUACCAGGGAUGAAACUGACGACUAAUUUGCAGACAAAUGAGAAUAACAUACUGACAUCAUGGACAAGUCCUUCUGAUCCAUCUAUUGGAAGUUACACAGCUUCAGUUGAUCCCCUAGAGAUUCCACAGAUUCGGAAGAGGUGGUCCGAAUUGGAAAAGAAUUGGGAAUUACGAUGGUCAUCUUUAGAAACUGAGUGUGAUGCUUAUGGAAAGUGUGGUUCUUUUGGGAUCUGCAAUCCGAAAUCUUCUCCAAUAUGCAGUUGCUUGCCAGGUUAUGUGCCGAGGAGCAUUAAUGAGUGGAACGCAGCGAAUUGGACGAGCGGCUGCAUGCGAAGGACCCUUUUACAGUGCGCGAAGAACAGCUCGGCUAGUGAAGCUGGAAAGCAAGAUGGAUUUUUACGAGUGACAACAGUCAAAUUGCCAGAUAAUAUUAGUUCUGUUCCUCUCACAGAAUCAUUCUGUGGUAGUGAGUGUUUGAGUAAUUGUUCUUGUAUAGCUUAUGCAUACAAUGUUGGCAUUGGGUGUAUGUGGUGGCGUGAAAGCCUGAUCGAUGUGCAGCAGUUCUUUGCGGGCGGUGUAGACUUAUACAUACGUUUGGCGCAUUCUGAACUUGUUAAGAAAAAAAACUGGACAGCAGUUGUUGCAGCCGUGACAGUCUUGGGGUUUAUAUUCAUCGCUAUUGUCUGUGUGUUCUUGCUGUUGAAGAAGAAGAAAGGGAGUAGAGACAAGAGCCCGCUGCAGCCAACAAUACUCAGGGAAAGAGAUGCAGAGUAUUCAAGGGCAAGUGCAUUCAAAGAUAAUGUGGAAGGAGUUCAAUUUGAAGACUUUCCGUUCUUCGAAUUUCAGAUUAUCUUAAAUGCAACAAGUAACUUUGAUCCCAUCUACAAGCUUGGACAGGGUGGCUUUGGUCCAGUUUACAAAGGAAUACUAUCAAAUGGCAAAGAAAUUGCUGUGAAAAGGCUGGCAAGAACUUCUAAUCAAGGGGUGGAGGAGUUCAAAAACGAAGUCGAGGUGAUAUCUAAGCUCCAGCAUCGCAAUUUGGUUAGCCUGCUCGGUUGCUGCAUUGAGCGUGAAGAAAAAAUGCUUGUUUACGAAUACAUGCCCAAUGGAAGCUUGGAUUUAUAUCUUUUCGAUUCGCACAAACAAGAGCUUCUUGAUUGGAACAAACGUGUUCUGAUCAUCGAGGGCAUUUCUCGAGGACUACUGUACCUUCACCGAGACUCAAGGCUAAGAAUCAUCCACAGAGAUCUAAAAGCAAGCAAUAUUUUGUUAGAUGAAGAGUUGAAUCCCAAAAUUUCAGAUUUCGGCAUGGCGAAGAUUUUUGCAGUAAAAGAAGAUCAAGCUAAUACAAACAGAGUUGUUGGAACAUAUGGCUAUAUGGCACCUGAAUACGCGCUAGAGGGAAUAAUCUCCGACAAAUCUGAUGUCUUCAGCUUCGGUGUGCUGUUGCUUGAAAUUGUCAGCGGAAGGAGGAACACGAGUUUCUACAACAACAAGAAAAGCGAAAGUCUCAUUGCAUAUGCGUGGAAGCUGUGGACAGAAGAAAAGAUGAUGAAACUCAUCGACCCGGCGAUAUAUGAGCCCAAAAUGGAGUCGGAAAUGGUUAGGUGUGCUCAUGUCGGGUUGUUGUGCGUUCAAGAAACUGCCCACAACAGGCCAAGCAUUUCUACAGUGUUGUCGAUGCUUAGCCGCGAAAUUUCGGAGCUUCCACAUCCUAAGAAGCCUGCUUUUAUUGAGCAUCAUGACAGUUUGUCAAGAAGAACUCGCGGUGUGUUCUCUUUAAACGACAUUACAUUGACAGUGGUCGAAGGCCGAUGAUUAUGGCUGUAGAUGACUAAU